AUGUCCGACGAGAAUCAAAACAAUACUAAUAAUGCUAAUAAAAACGCGUUCGAUUGCCUACGAGCGAUUGAGAAUGCCUUUCCGAACAACGAACGGUUCACGAUUGGCGAUUUACACGCCAUCGUUCCGGAGUUUCCCGGUGGCGUUAGUGGGUUACGACGAACGGUGUUUAUUUGCGCUUCAAAGGUGGACGCGCUGGUGGAAACAACGACAACGACAGCAGCAAAAACGACGACGAUGAAAGAACAACAACAACAACAGCGAGAAGAAGACAAAGUCAAAGAAGAAGAAGAAACGAAAAAAUACGAGGUGGUGUUUUCCUUCCCGAGACACUGUCGAUCGGUCUACAUGGCGCGAGAUGCCGCUUUUCGCGCUUCUUUGUUGAGAAGGCGAACGUUUCGCGCGUUUUACACGUUUUUGCGCGUGAGUUUUAGCGUCAUGUUGAUCGUUUCGGUCGUCGUCGUCGCUUUAGCGUUGGUCGCGAUGCUCAUAUUAGUUUUGGCAAACGGUCGUGGCGAUAAUCGCGGCGGGGGAGGAGGAGAGAUCCCUUUGUUUAUGAAUCCAGGAUACGGGCCUGGAGGAGGUGGAGGAGGAGGAGGUAACAUGGAUGGAUUUUGGAUGUAUUUAUACAUGAGAGAUAUCAUGUGGCUGUCGUAUUGGGACGAUUUAGAACGAAGACGCGUGUAUUUGAAUGGCGAUAUUUAUAACAACGCGAACGUAGUAACGGGCGUUCCAGUCAAACCAUCCGGUGGAAGAGGAGAAGGAAGAGGAGGAGGAGGAGGAGGAGGAGGAGACGACGACGACGAUAAUAGCAACAGUUACAACAACAACAAUAAUAGUAAUUUUCCGGACCCGGAAAUGUAUCGCCGGUUGAUGAUUGCCGAAGAGGACGACCACGACGACGAUAUUGUCGAUAAAAAGAAAGAGUUAUCGUUCAUCGAAUCGAUUUAUGCGUUUGUCUUCGGGAGAGGCGAUCCGAACGAAUUUUUAGAGCACGAGCGGUCGAAAGCGAUAUCGCAGCUACUUCGCGCAAACCGAGGCGUCGUUUUCGCCGAGCAACUCGCGGCGUUUACGGAUGCGUUCUUACUGUCGAAGAAAGAUCGAAAAGGUAUGCGAGGAGGAGGAUCUCUUUUUUCCUCGUUCUUCGGUGGAAAUAGACGCGAUGUUAAAAAAGACGACGGGUCGCGCAGUUUAGACGACCGCGAAGAGCGACAGCACGAAGGAUACGUGUUGAGAAUUCUGGAACAGUUUUACGGUCACGCCGAGUCCGACGAUUACGGAAGAUUAAUAUACAUCUUUCCAUCUUUCCAAGUCACGGCUGAAGAGAACAAAACGGACGCGCAAAUCGCAAAGUUUGCGCCUCCACCAAUCCCACCACCGAUUUAUGAAAAUCAAAAGCCAGUGUUCGAGUACGGAGUGAAAGGUCCGUUAGUCGUAUUCACUGGAAUAUUCAACGUGUUUUUGUUGUUUCUGUUUUAUCGCGUCGGCGGAUUGGAUUUUAAAGCGCCGAGACGAACAGUCACGAGAGCGCAAUUACGACGAUCGAUGGGAAGACGCGGCGGUCAGUUUUCAGAGUCGCAAAACAAACUCUUAAAUGCGGGACCAGACGACGAGGAAAUCAUUAUCGAGCAACCUCCAGCUCUGGUUGCUUUCUUUGAGAUUUUUCCAAAGCUCGCGCAAUGGAUGUACAAACCGAUGGUUUAUUACGCCAUCUUUUUCUUUGCAGUUCCGUUAAUCCGAGCGUUUUUUAUUCAACGAGAGAACAAAGCAAUCGCGAGACGAAACGCGAUACGUAAAGUGAGAGCCAAAGAAGCGUUGUUAAUGUGCGUGAAGGCGUGCGAGGAGAAGCGAGACUUGGCUGAGCGUAAACAAAAACGAAAGAGCGUUUUCACCGAAAACGGGUCCGUAUCGAAUGUAUAA